GGGAGGAGAGGAGGAGGGAGCACAGGGACGGCUGGAGGGAGAGAAAGACUCUGAAGAAAGGGAGCGGAGGAGACAGACAACAGGAGACAAAGGCUGACACACAAUCAAAACCCCACAAGAAAAAUGCCCAAUUUUGAAGGCACCUGGAAAAUGAAAAGCAGCGAGAAUUUCGAAGAGUUGCUCAAAGCUCUGGGUGUGAAUGCCAUGCUGAGGAAGGUAGCAGUGGCGGCUGCAUCCAAGCCCCAUGUGGAGAUAAGGCAGAACGGCGAACACUUUUACAUCAAGACUUCUACCACAGUCCGCACCACGGAGAUCAACUUCCUCAUUGGAGAGGAGUUUAACGAGGAGACGGUGGACGGGAGAAAGUGUAAGAGCUUGGCCACUUGGGAAGCAGAAAACAAGAUUUACUGCAAACAGACUCUACUGAGCGGGAAUGGCCCGAAGACCUUCUGGAGCCGAGAACUCAAAGGGGAUGAACUCAUACUGAUCUUUGGAGCCGACGAUGUGGUGUGCACACGGAUCUACCUACGAGCAUAGCUGAAGUGUUCAAAUUUCCGCCAACCUUUCAGUGUCUGAAGUGUCAGUAUCUUGGGAAAGUACAGAAGACAAAGAAGAUGGCGGACCAAAGCAGCAGAAGUAGUACGCACACUACGUAUUACAGAUAUUUCCUGAUGAAGAACUUGCUGGUCAAAACAUUCCCUCAAUAAAUCUUUCAGUAAGACCUUUUUUAAAAAAUAAAUAAAAUCAUACAAACAUGAUGGCAAAAAUGAGAAGAAAAAAGUGGUCAAUGGAGUUUUGGUCUAUUUAAAGGAUAUUUUAAUGCCAAACACCAUACUAACACUCAUGUACAACAUAAUAAAAGUCAAGAGAAGAGACAUGUUAAACGAGGUACAAACGAUGUCUUUAUGUACAAUCAGCUCUGCGGGACUUUCUGUGGUAUUCCAUAUUAAAACACAGUCAAUAUAAAAAUAAAAACACAAGUUCCAAGAUUGUCUGUAGCUGGUUAUGUUACUGACCAUCGCCUUUAAUGGAGUUCAGGAAAAUGGCAGGCAGCUUCAUUUUUUUUUUAUUAAUUAAUUUAUUUUCUUCUUAGGAGUGUUGCCAAUCUGCACUUCCAUACUGAACUUUUGGUGCGUUUGCUUCCAUCCAGCUCAAGUUAUGAUCCAUACGUGAAAAAUUACAAGGAUCUGACUUCUCAAUGUUAAGAAAAGCCUUUUGCUUAUAUAGCGAUUUCCACUGUGAAACACACUUUACAGCAUUUAGUGUGAUGGAUAUCUUCCCAUCCAACCUUACCUACAAUAUCUACAGUGCCAAUUCCAGUUUUAUUAAAAAAACCCCAAAAAAACAAAAAAAAAACACAAAAAAAAACAAAAAAACAAAAAAAAAAACUGUAGAGGGGAACAUGGCAAUAAAAAUCCUUAGUUUACAUCCGUCCUUUAAGGGAAUACAA